UUUAAACUAAGCCACUCCCUAAUCUCAUAUCAGCCAAUCAGAAGAGAAGGCUAGAUGAGCAGUGACCAAUGUGUGCAGGGAGCAGCUUGCCCAGUGUUUCCGGGUUUGGAGAGACGAGACAUGUCUUCCAGUCCGGAGGAGGAGCUUAGAACCGUCCUAGACGGAGGAGCUGUCCCGCUUACCGAUAAAUACGAUGUGGCCCCCGAGAGCCCGCAACCCAUGAAACUGAGGCACAACGUAUGUUAUAUUGUCAUGGGCAUCUUAGUGAAUGAACAGAAUGAGGUGCUGAUGAUGCAGGAGGCCAAGGCGGAGUGCUGGGGGAGCUGGUACCUCCCUGCUGGGCGGCUGAAGAGAGGGGAAAGCCUGGUGGAGGGUCUGUGCCGGGAGGUGACGGAGGAGACCGGGCUCCUGUGCCAGCCCCUCACCCUGCUGGUGGUAGAAGAGAGGGGCGGCUCCUGGGUUCGAUUUGUAUUCCUCGCUCAGGAAACAGGGGGCGUUCUAAAACCUUCUGCCGCAGCAGACAAGGAAUCUCUCCAGGCGUCGUGGUGGGACACAGAGUCGGCCUUGCCCCUGCGCAGCAGAGACAUUCUUCCUCUCAUCAAGCUGGCCUUGGAGUACCGCCGCCUGCCCUCACAUCCAUCUAUCCUACCACAGUUGUGCCCGUCUCCCUUUCUCGUCCUCCGGCUGCUUCUUGUGUGGACGAGUCCCGGAGGAAUCCAGAUCCUGCAGAGCUCCACCGGCCAUCUCCCCACCAUUGUGUGCGCUGCACGUUGCGGCAGCAUCCUCGUUCCGUUGCUCUACCUGCUGCAAGAUCGUCCCGAGACAUACGGCAUCUUAGGCGUCCAGCACCAAGGUGGGGACAAUGCAGAUGGAGUGUGCUUUAAUAUCAUGGGGGUGUUCCGGGGGCCUGAACCGCCCGUGGUCAGAACAGGGGGUCUCAGCUGGGCGACAGUUGAGGAUGAAGGACUGAAAGAGCGACUGGAGCAAGCGUUGCAGAAGAACACCUUGCUGCCUUUACAUAGCUGAAUCCCUGUUCCUCGGUAAUUCCUCCUGGCACUGUAUACAUAAAUGGGAGUUCCCCUGGUAGAUGGGGAGUGUCCAUACAGUGUCAUCCAGUAGUUGACUAAAAGGGGGCCUUCCAAUGAGAAGAGGUAUCCGAUCAGCCGGGGUCGGCCACCAUUAAUUGGAGUCAAUGGAGCGGUGGUCACGUGUGCUCUAUGGGACAGCGUGCAUGCAUGACCGUUGCUCUAUUCACUCCGGCACCUCAUUCUUGUGAUUUGUGAGGGUCCCGAUCUUAUGGAUAACAUCUUAUGGUGGGACAACCCCCAUUAGGGAUACAUUUCCAGGAGGAAUAACAGAGGGGAGGGGGAAGAUGGUCGGAAAGCUUAUUAAGGGCAAUAUAAGUCCAGAGAAUGGAGAGCUCCUCUUUAAUAUCACUAUAGCGUUUGGAUGUGUUAUCUUGCACCCCUCUCUUAGUAGGAUUCUUAAAGGGCCGUGCCUAAUUCCUGUCACAAUCCGCUAGCAUUUUGCCAUCAGUGCAUGUGAAUAGGAUGUUUUAUGUCCUGGGAAAAAAAAAUAACUGCGCAGCAUGCCGACUGUGUGAAUACGGCCUAAUGCUAUCCUAUGUUCUCUGCCGUAGAGCUGCUGGGAGUCACAACAUGCCGUAUGUCGCUUCAAUAUACCGACAUGUAUGUCCAUAUUGUAAAACACGAGCAUGCGUGCAGACAUGAUGUCAGGCUUAUAUUCUUCUAUAAGACUUGGGUGUGAGGUAUAUAACCAAGCAUGUUCACGAGAUAUGGGUAGAUGGCGGCAGACAUCACCUACAGCCGCUGGGUACACGUGUAAACUACAUAUAUGACAUGUGGUCUCAUCAGUUAUGCAGCGUUCCCUCCGCACCUAGUUUAACUGGGUAGAUUCAAGAGUCUGGGAAAGCUGGGUGACAACCAAUAUGGCUGCCACCGCACCCAGCUUCCAGACAUACGCUCGUAUGCCGGGCGAUCAGGUCUGUGAUGGUUUGUCGGCAGCACAUCGCCCCGCGUGGGCUCAUGAAUAAACGGUGCCAUGGU